CCUAUUCGUUCCUUUUUCAUGGGCCGAGUCAUUCGGCCCAUGAUGGCCCAGGAAGGGACGAAUAGGCGACGAUGAUCUUCAAAUAAGUCAGAAGCCUUAAGCACUCAAGCAGCAUCCUCUGCUCUAAUGGCUUCUUCCCUCCGCUGCGGCUUCUCCCAGAAGCUUCCACACCCUUCUCGUAGCUUCUCGUCUUUCUCCUCGUCACCAUCCCCAAUCCGCUGCGGGUUACGCGGCGGGGCGAGGAAGCCGCUGUGGAGGGGCCGCGUGCUCUCCACGGAGGCGAUCCAAGCCGUCCAAUCCCUCAAGCUCGCAUCCAGGUCGUCCUCGUCGUCAUCCCUCGAUCGGACGGCGGAGAUCUUCCGUAGCAAGCUCGGGAGGCUCCUCAAGGGCGAUCUCGUCGCCGUGCUCGCCGAGCUUAGGAGGCAGAACGAGUGGGAGCUCGCCCUUCAAGUCUUUGCAUUUAUAAAAAAGGAGGUGUGGUAUAAACCGGACCUUUCUUUAUAUUGCGAUAUGAUUUUGAUGUUGGGAAAGAACAAGCUUAUCGAAGCUGCCGAAGAGCUAUUUUCCGAGUUGAGAGAAGAGGGUCUGCAGCCCGAUACUCGGGCGUAUACUGAAAUGAUAGGGGCUUUUCUACAAGUUGAUAGGGUGGAGAAAGCAAUGGACAUGUACAAGUUGAUGAAGGAUUCGGGAUGCAAUCCAGAUAAGCUAACUUUAACCAUUUUGAUCAGGAAUCUUGAGCAGGCUGGUGAGAGUGAGCUCGCCUCUUCAGUAAGAAAAGAUUGCGAGGAAUAUAUAGAUUUCCCCGAGAAGUUUCUUGAAGAAGUUGAUAGGAAAUAUCCUAAAAGGAGGUCGCUGAAACUUGUUUGACGAGUACUAACAGGCGUCCGAUUUGAAUAGAUCACUUUGUUCAUUCGUCAAAGAGCUGAUGCAAACUCCGCGCAGAGCAUACGAGUUUUGUAAGUGCACUUCAAGGCCUAGGCCCGGUUAUCUCAAGAGCCGCAAGUUCGGAGUGUGGAGAUCAACCUUUGGAAGAGGGAUUUUGUUCAACUUAUCACAGCAGUUUCAAGCUGAAAGAAGAUUAUUUUCGUGCACGGUGUUGUUGGAGUUAUAUUGGCCUGAAGAUGAUGAUUCAAAUGAUAAGCUACUGUAUUUAAUGCUUGGCUAAAUUUUACAAAAUUUUUGUUUGAACUCUAAAUAUACAUGUUCCUUAUUAUGGUGUAGGGAACUUGAUCCCCUCGCUUCGGAAAAAUGAAUGAAUUUAGUUCCUUAUUAU